AUGUUGGGCCCUACGUUUGUUCUGUGGGAUGUGGGAUCUCCCUUAUAUACCUAUGGAUCCAUCUUCAUUAUUGCAUUAAUUAUUUGGCAAGUGAAAAAGAGCCGCCAAGAACUAAGAUCAGAGCAUAAUAAGACCUGUUGCCAGCGUCACCGAAAAGUCAAACAAAGAUCUAGAGAUAGAACAUCAAAAGCUCAGAUAACAUCCCAGGAAGAGGCAGAGAAGCUUCGGAAGCUGCUCUCUGUCAUGAAAAGCCAGGGCUGGCUUCCUCAAGAGAAAAGCGUGCGGAAGCUCCUGUGUGCAGAUCCCCACUGCAAAAUCUGCAAUACUGCAGCUCUGGAGAUUCAGGAGUUGCUGAAGGCUGACACCAACCAAUUCUCCACCACUUUACUGGGGCCAUCUGAUAUAAAGAUGUUGCCCAGGUCAAACAUGUCUUUUGAGCAGAAUCUGGAGCUUCAUUCCCAGAACUCUGGAGAUAUUUCACUGGCAACUGUAACCCCAAGACAAACAGAACUAACAGAACAUUUAGCUCAGCCAACCAAUGUAGUCAGCAUCCAAGAAUACUGGGCUGAUCAUCUCCAACUAGUGCAGGACAUUCAGUUGCCAGAGACGUCCCUGGACUCAGAGAUGGUGGCUUCUUCAAGAUUUGAGGGAACUAUGAUUACAGUGAAUGAGCAGGAGAUACAGAUCACUGCUAACUGUGCCCAGGGGAACAAACAACACUAUCGUCUAAAGGCCCAAGACUCUUUUCUGCCAUUGAACUCAAAGAUCACUAAACAGACACAUCCUACAGCCUUGCACAUAGGUUUAUUCCUCCCUACCCACCUGGCAUUCCUGUGUCCUGAAGUACUGAGGCUUCUCGAAGUACAUGUAAAAAAAUGGAUCCACUUCCAGAAGUGGGGACUCCCCAGACGUGUGGAAAAUUCUCUAAGGGAGCUUAUGCCAGAUCCAACUUUGUUUUGCCUAUCUAGAAAAAACCUACAGACUUGCUCCUUCCCAAGUAGUACUUCUAAAGUCACUGCUCACAUAAUUGGUACCAUACCCUACCAGUCCUGGCAUUCAUGUUUGGCUUAUCAGCACACACAAUCCCUCUGGGUUUCUGAGUGGUCUGUUACAAGCCUAGGGAAAAGAGUCCAACAAAACCAGAAUUGUAAGGUACACCCCCUGCCCUGUAGAGCAGUGGCAGUAAUAAGUGGCCACCGUCCACUGCCUAAAAGACAGACUAAUGACUCAAGGAGCAGCGUGUGGCAAAGAUACCACCAGCUAUUCUGUGGCCUACCUUCUCUACACAGUGAGUCCCUGGUUGCCAUUUUCUUAGGCCCUCAACGACUCUCCAAAAAUAUGUCCAAGCUGUCUUUGAAGGAUCUUCAUCUCUUCAAAGACCUCUCCUACCUCCCCUUGCUGAGUCAGCCUGGCCUUGUGUUAGCUCAAGUCACCCCCUCCCCACCUUGUCCAAAUGGGGAGUAUCCAACCCAGCAUCAGGAGGCUCUGAUCACCGUCCCAAUUCUGACUCUGGCUGAGUGUGAAGCCUUAGAAUGGCACCUGCUGCAGAGGCAGCUCCAGCUCCAGUGGGGCCUGCCAGCUGCCUUGCAUCCAUCUCAGCAUGCCCAGAGCCCCGUGCGGUGUGAACUGCAUAACAAAGUCCAGUCCUGUGAGAUUGUGAAAGCUUCCUGGUCAGGGAAGCCCUUCUCAAUCCUCACCAGAGAACUCCACUUCUUCCCAGAGCAUGCCCACAAGCUACUGGGAUUCCACCUCCAGAAACACUUGAUGCACCUUCGCUGGGGCCUGCCUGAGAAGAUACAGAAGUCCAUCCAGUUGGUUCAUUCCUCCACUGGCCAGCAGCCCCUGUCCUGGAGCAACAAAGCCCUACCCAACAUGAGCAUCUCCAAGCCUGGGGCCCCAGAGGCUAAAGGAGAUGGUUGUCUCUUCUCCCCCAUGAUUUCACAAGUGUCUGUCCCCAUGCCACAUUUUUUUGUCCAAGCUCAGGCAAUGUUGCAAAGCCACAUUGAUUCCAAAUGUGGGCAGAUUCACCAGGGCAAGGUCCCUGAUCUUGUAUACAGUUCCUGGGAAUGCAGAAUUCCUGGGGUGCUAGCAAUGGCUCCCUUCGCUGACAUGCUACAAGGGCAGCCUCUGGAGCUGCAGGCAGCAAGUGAACCUGAUCUAUAUCACAAAGUGAUGCCCUGUGAGCCAAUGGCCCUUGGCCAGCAGCCAGAGGCCUUACCAGGUGCUGCCACUGAACACCAAAAGCGUCCCCAAGCUCUAUCUGAUGAAACCAUUGAGAAACUGGAGACAACUUUACGGCAUAAGUAUCUGGCCUUCCUGUCAGGCCUCCCUGCUCUUUACUCUGUGGCUCUCUCUAGAGUUACAUCACCAAUAGCCACUAACCAAUCUGUUAUCACAGAGAUGGUGUCUAAGUCUAUUAAGAUCCCACAGGAGCCUCUGGUUCAGAUGCUCUCCCUUGAAGCCUCAGUCAAGAGCCCUGGACCAUGCUUUCAAGAUGAUAACAAACCUUGUGAAGUCACUGGAGAAAAAUCCCAGCCUGAACUACAGGUGGAAGCCGAAACAGAAAGGGCACCUCCCAAGAAGCAGGCACUUUCUGUCAGCCCUUGCUUACUCAAUACACAUAUGCUUGCUAAAUUAAAUUUCCACCUGAAGAAAAAGGUCCUAGAGAUACAACUGGGAAUUCCUGAAGGUGCAAGAAAGUCCAGGAAACCAAAUGUAGCAGUUCCAGAGUACAAAUGCUCACAGGAGUGUCUUCAGAGUAAGAAACACCAAGGAAACACAGUGCUCCAGGAACUACCUCUAGACCCUCCUCCUGCUUCAAAGUGGCUCUGCCCCAAAGAAAAGCAGGCCACUGAGCAGGCCACUGAGCUAGAGGCAAUACAGCAUAACCAAAAGCACCCUGGUCUGAAAGCCGUGCCCUAUGGUUCUGCCCCCUGGGUCUCCGAGAUCUCUCAACCUAGUAGGGACAUGACUGAGGCUCAGGUGCUUUGUGUUCAAGUUCAGACCAAUGUGAGCCACCCCAGCCUGGAGAAACCCCGAAGUCCUGAGCCCCAAAGCCCUGGGAAAAGCAAGGACUUAGCCCAUGUGUCCAUGCUGGCAAGAAAGAGAGAGGACCACCCAGAGAAGCUCGAGGCAGCAGGAGACCCUGGAGGAGGAGAUGCAGGGUUUGAGCUCUCCUCAGCCACUGAGGACAGACCCCAUGCCGAAGUCCAGAGGCCAGAGGGGAUACUCCUGAACAAGAUACCCCAAGGCUCAUGGCGGUGGAAAUACAACUUUCAUCCUGUGAAUCCCUGCCAACACAGCUCCCAGAGUCACCCACAGCCAGAGUCAAUUCCCAGAGGAAGAGAAUCUGCGCAUGACUUGCCUCACAGACUAAGCAAGUCAAAUGGCAUCCUCUCACCUGAAAGGACCCCCAACAACGUGCAGCCUGUGGCAGCCCACGCUCCCCAGGGCCAGCCUUUCCUGGACCAACCAAUUCAGGAUCAGCUUUUGCAGAGCCCAGCUUGCAAAGGUCAGGUUUUGAAGGGGCUCAUGAGGCCGGCCCCUGCUCACAGGGAGACCAGAUUUGCAGACACUGGCCUGAGAAGUAAGAUAAAAUCUUUUCUAUACCGUAUGAGCCCUGAGAUGAAAGGCAAAGGGCACCUGGAAUCCACAUCCUGUACAGCUGGCAAGGAAGCCAAACCCAGAAUGGAAAAUGUCCUAAGCAGCCUGGCUCAUGCCCCAAGUCCCAUGAAGAGAACCAAGACAAAGAAGCCAAUGGAGCACCCCAAGGUCCAGCCUGAUCCUACUGAGAGCCCAGUGGGCACAGCCUCCUUAGCAGGUCCUCCUUCCCCAGGCAAUAAGCUUCGCCUGCGCUCCAGACCACAAGGCUCUGCCCCAGUACUGGGCCAACCCCUCCACUGCCCUCGACACUGCCCUCAAGUGGCUUAUGCCACCCAACCAGGGAAUACACCUUAG